UUUUUUUUUUCUGUAGAGAAAAAAAUUAUAGUUACCCAGAUCUACGAACAAAUUGCUUUUUCUGGAAUAAAGCAUUAACAACAAUGGCUAUCCAAUAGAGAAGAAUAAGAAGAUAAAAGCAUCCCGUUGAGAAUCAAUCACCGGGCACCGGUAAAAAUGGAGUCCGAGCUCCAGAAAUUACCUCAACCCGAAACAACCCGACCAUCACAACCCGAAUCCAUUGAUGAAGGAUCCACUAAAGAUGAUCGUCCGCUUUUGAAACCCGACCCGACUAACCCUCAACUCCAAGUUCAAUCGCAGUCAUCUAGCCCUAGUAUUGAGGAAUUAGAGAAGAAGUACGCGCCAUACGUGAGGCAUGAUGUGUACGGGAUAAUGGGUCAGGGCGAACUGCCAUGGACAGAGAAGGUGCUUUUGGGUAUUGCAUUGGUGACGCUUGUUCCGAUGAGAGUUAUUGGGGCAACGACUGUUUUGGUGGUGUAUUAUUUGAUUUGUAAGAUUUGUACAGCGUUUUGGGCUCCGAAUCGCGAGGAUGAGCAGGAGGAUUUUGCACAUACGGGUGGGUGGAGAAGGACUGUUAUGAUGCAGAGUGGGAUGUUUCUUUCAAGAGUUAUGCUUUUCGUUUUUGGAUUCUAUUGGAUACAGGAAACUUAUCAGCCUAUUAAUCUCAAUGGCAACUCAAAUAAUGAGGAUGGAUCAAAACAGCAGGCUGAAGAACUUGAAAGACCAGGGGCAAUUGUGUCAAACCACAUUUCGUACCUGGAUAUAUUGUAUCACAUGUCUUGCUCAUUUCCUAGCUUUGUUGCCAAGGUCUGUGACUUCUUUUACAAUCUUGUGGCUAAGCUUCCUCUGGUUGGUCUAAUCAGCAAGUGCCUUGGCUGUGUCUAUGUCCAGAGGGAAUCUAAAUCACCUGAUUUUAAAGGUGUCUCAGGUGUUGUAAAUGAAAGGAUUCGUGAAGCUCACCAGAACAAAUCUGCACCAAUCAUGCUGCUUUUUCCAGAGGGCACAACCACAAAUGGUGAUUUUCUCCUUCCAUUCAAGAGUGGCGCAUUUCUCUCAGGGGCUCCAGUGCAACCUGUGAUACUAAGAUAUCCGUACCAGAGAUUAAGUCCUGCAUGGGACUCUAUAUCUGGGGCUCGGCAUGUGAUUCUCCUUCUCUGUCAAUUUGUAAAUUACGUGGAGGCAACCUGGUUACCUGUUUACUACCCUUCUCAGCAAGAAAAGGAUGACCCUAGACUUUAUGCUGAGAAUGUUCGGAGGUUGAUGGCUCAUGAGGGUAAUUUGUUACUUUCAGAUAUUGGUUUGGCAGAGAAGCGAGUAUAUCAUGCUGCUCUCAAUGGUUUGUUUUGUCAACAAUAAUUCGGGUUCGCCAUCUGUAUAUUCAUUCUGUGAUUCUAUUAUUUGCAAAAGUUAUAUGAAGAUAGCUUAUCCAGAUGAAGCAUUCUUUGUGUCUAUAUCAAUGAAAAUGGACCUAUGGACAACAUUCUUUGGCCACCGCCAGUGGUGUUACAUGCUCAAUUAUCUCUGUUUCCUUUUCAUUUUACCUUCCGUUUUGACACACCCGAAAAGGUGAAUUCAGUGUAGCAGCUAGUGCUGCUGGCUGGGUUGAAUGUAACUCCCAAGGUUAGGUUAGUGUCUUCCCUCUCUUCCGGUAUGUGAAUAGACUCCCCACUAAUUUUCCUUGACGAUUGCUCCUGAGCUAGUCACUAAAGCCGCCUCUUCACCUGCUACUUGGUUAUCAGGAGUACUAAAGGUUCUUGUUCAUUUUUGUUUUUUUGGCUAAAUGUAUUCAAAGAUCAGAAAAUCAAGUAUGUUGGAGGCACAUCAACACUAUCUCAAAUAUCAUUUCUCACAUUUUUAUUUCUCUUUUCUGUAUGCCUUAUAUGCUACUGAAGAUUGUCACUGGUGGGAGACGCGGUUGCUGGGUGGGUGGGUGUUGUGAAGAUGCAAUGCCAUUGAUAUAUUUUAUAUGCUGUUGAAGAUUGUCAUUCAGAGAUGCCAUUGAUGUUAUCAUCAUGUUCUGUAAAUUUGGUCCAGUAAUUCUUAGCAUCACAUUUUUCUUGGGUU